UAAAAAGCUGGUGGAGGAAACGGACGGAGCGCGGCAGCCGAGCCGAGCAGCCAGUCCACCGGACCGGAGAGACGGACGACCCGUGCGAGGAGAUUCGCGGCCUUUAAAAUGGACGACGAGAGCGACCAGGAGACCUCGACGAUCGAGGACGACUAUUACACGUUCCUGAACAUCCCGAGAAACGCCAGUCCCGAGGACAUCAGCAAUGCGUACCGCAGACUCAGUAGACUCUACCAUCCGGACAAGCACACGGACCCGACGCUUAAGAAGGAAGCGGAGAUCCUUUUCAAUCGCACGAAGAAAGCUUACGAAGUGUUGAACGAUCCGCAUCAGAGGGCGAUUUACGACUCGCUCGGGAUCCGCGGAUUGGAGACGGAAGGAUGGGAGAUUGUGCAGCGUACGAAAACGCCUCAGGAGAUUCGCGAGGAGUACGAGAGGCUGGCGAGGGAGAGGGAGGAGAGACGGCUGGAGCAGCACACUAAUCCCAAAGGCACUGUAACGGUAAACAUCAAUGCCACCGAUCUUUUCAGUAGAUACGAUGAGGAUUACAGCGACGAUUACAACGACGGCGGACUGUUUUCGUGCAUCGAAGUCAGCGGGAUGUCGUUCGCGCAGUCCAUCGAGGCGCCCCUCACCCUGAGGGACACCGUGACCAUGUCCGGCCAGCUCGGGACCCAAAACGGCACGGGUUCCGGGUCGAUCAACGUCUCGGCGAAACGGCUGAUAUCCUCGAAGGGCUGGGUCGAGGUCGAGGUCGGGGCCGGCAACGGCCCGACGUUCUCCCUCAAGGCGUUUCGCACGUUGACGAAACGAUUGUUUUGCGACGGGGCGACGAUACUGCAAUUCACGUCGCACGGCGUGAAGGCCGGCUACGUUGGGACUCUUGCGAUGCAGCUGGAUAAACACACGGUGGGAUACCUCACGUACAGAGCCGGCAUUCAGGACGCCAUGAGCACCAUGAUCGUGAGAGACACGUCCCGAUCGUACACGGCGUUUUCUAUACAUUUCGGACUUUUACAUUCUUUCGUCAGCCUUAACUAUACCUAUAAGAUGGAAGAGAAGCAACUCAAGCUUCGCGGUAGUGUCAAAGCCGGAACGUUCGGCGCGUUUCUCGAGUACGGCGCGGAAAAGAAGGUCUCCAAGCACAGCUCGGUCUCGGCGGCGGUACGCAUCGGCGUGCCGACUGGCGUCACGUUGAAACUUAGACUGAGCCGCGCCUCGCAGGCGUACACGUUCCCCAUCCACCUGUGCGACGAGGUUCUUCCAGCUCCGGUCUUUUACGCCACCGUGGCGCCCAUAAUCACGUGGACGGUCAUCAAGAAGCUCAUAAUCGAUCCCGUCGUGAAGGAGCGGACGGAGCGCGAGAAGGAGAAGCAGAAGGAGCUGAACAAGUCCAGAAUGAUGGAGAAGCAGAGGGAGGCGAAAGCGGCCACCGAACUGAUGAAGGAAACGGUCAGUAGGAUAAGAACCGAGGAGGAAUCCAAGAAAGGACUAAUCAUCACCAAGGCACUGUACGGUCGGUUCGUCUAUCCCCAAGAUCGCUCCACCACGGAAGAAAGCGGACACAGAGACGAAAUGAUAGACGUAACAAUCCCUUUGCAAUGCUUAGUCAAGGACUCCAAACUGAUUCUUCACAAGGCAUCUAAGAGCCAACUGCCUGGAUUUUACGAUCCAUGUGUGGGAGAUGACAAACAGCUUUUGGUACAGUAUCUCUUCCAUACUCAAACGCAUGAAUGCGUUAUACAGGAUGAUGUACCUCUCAGGAUACCAGUUUCGUCACACAAGGUGAACACUACUUGACAUACAGAUUCGACAAUGAAACCAAAAACCAGUCGUCGGAGUUCCCGUCAAUGAUCAACGUUACUUCGGUGUAGAUUUGUUCAUUUUUAGAAAUUUAAUUUUACAUAAAAAGGACACGAGAAAAUAUUAAGUGUUCGUUGAUCCUCAAACUUUGUACAUUAAUGUCCGUUUUCAGUAAAAUGAUAUUUUAUUAUUUGAAAAUUAAUUAUAGAAUAAUAUUUUAAGUAUGUUAAGUGUCCCGCAGAGAAGUUUUGCGGGAGGAGUAUUCUAUAGAAGAAGAGAAAAAAAAAUAGAAUAGAUCCUAUAUAGAUGUUCAGUUGUGCUCGCGAAGCCAUGAAUCGUGAGCUGCACUGAGAUGUAACUCACUUUGCUCAUUGAAGUCGUAUCCCAAA